AUGUCGAAGGUGAGGGAGAUGAUGACGCCAGGAAUGCUGCGGGCAGCGUGAUGGGGGGAGGGAGGGAGGGGCAGCGUGGACGUUGAUGGUGCAGACGUCGACGAGCAUAGUGGUACAGAGGGGACGGCAAUACCAUGAUGGAAGUCUAGAAGUCUAGAAGUCCUUCGGCUGAUAUCAGCAUGUCAUGUGAAAGGAGAACGCAAGGUGGUGGUGGUAGUAGUGGUGGUGGUGGUGUAUGGACACGCGAAGCUGCAGCACACCGCGCAAUCCGUUCGCCGGGCCAAGAGCUAAGAACAGCAAUAGCAACAGCAACAGCAGAGAAACGCGCUCUGACGGACAUUAAUGAUUGGUUUGACGACUGGUUUGAUGAUUGGCGCCAAGCAGCACGAGCAGACGAGGGUGCAUGGCGUCGAGCACAGCAGCACUGUGGCAGCACAGGCAGCACAGGCAGCACAGAGCACAGAGCACAGAGCACAGAGCACAGAGCGCAGUAGUGGGGACGUCAUGCCCGUGCAUUUGCUGGAACGUUGGAAAAAGGCCCACGACUGCUCGGCAUCCUUGCACAGACCUAUUCUUCCCGAUCUGGCCGCUGGCCCUCCAACAAUGCCCCCCCCCCCGUGGCCCACAGCAACAUGUAGUAGGUUUUAGGCAUGCCAAAACAUCACCACCGUGUCAGUCUUCCUACUAUAAACCCCAUCUCUUUCCCUUUGCGACCCUCUCCCUCGCUCCCUUUGUCCACCGUAAUCUUCUAAGCUUCUGCAUACCUACCCUGCCCAGCGGACAAAGACUGCUAUAGAUAACGCGGGCCUAGAGCUUAUCACGCUAUCAGGACCGUCCUCUCAGUCACUCGAAUCAAACACCUCCAAAGGUACGCUGGUCUCUCCUGCCAAAACAAGACCCGAAGAAGGUCCUUGGCUGACUACUCUGCCGCCCACUGCAGAUAACAACACUCGUUCUUCCACCCUCGCUGCUGGUUCCCGCUGCCCCUCCAGCCUCACCCCUCCACCCUCCACCCUCCACCCUCCACCCUCCACGUACACACGGCCUCAUUCGCGAAGUGCUGUCACCGCCUCGGUGCCGUUCCUGCAUACGCUCGGCAUAAAACCGAUCGUCUGAGGGAUAUUCAUCUGAGCGAUAUUCCUCCGAGCGAUAUUCUGGCACUGGCAUCCACCCCGCCCUCAGGUCUGUUCGCAACGGGACCCGCUCCCGCCUGCGAGAUAUAUUCCUACCCGCCCAAUGAGCAAUCGCCAGCACCCGCACCCGCACCAGCACCAGCAUGCUCGGUCCUCUUCUCAGGGAGGCCGGAAGGCACUACCGCCGCAUGCUCGACCCACAAAGCCACCGCCACUGAGGAGAGGAGCCAGCUAUAACUACACCCACCACCACGGCCAGCCUUCGCCCAAGGCCGGCGCCGGGUGGAGCAAGAAGGUCGUGGGCACAGAGGAGGCGGUGCACUUCGCGGACGAGGAGGAAGUCGGCAUGGCAAGCUUCCUGCAGUUCUGUGCCACAUGCGAGAAACAGAUCGUUACCCCCGGCUCCAGCAUCCUCUACUGCUCAGAAGCGUGGGUCCAUCUUCCAUCCAUACUCUGCUCCUUGGCAGACGGCCUGUACUAAACAAACAUGACACAGUUGCCGUAAAAAAGACACCUCUCGCCCGACAUCCGUUCAAUCCAUCGAGUCAGUCAAGUCGCCUUCCGGCAUGUUCAACAACAAUGCCGCAUCCUACUUCGAAUCCCACCCUCCAGCCGACAUUCUGCCUCAAAGAUCCCCCACAGUUCUCAGGCCACUCUCAUGCACCUUCUCCGACAUGUCCAUCUCGGAUUCGAAUCCCUACUCCUUGGACGAUGCCGCUAGCGACGCUAGCUCCCGGAAACGAGACUCGGAGGCUACAGCUUACCUUGAACAAUUCUACUCCGACUUCGCUCGUGCCAGUCGUCCGCGCAUGCAUCGGGCUCAUACGACUACCACGGACAGCAGUACAAUCCCUUCCCUAGUCCAUUCGCCUAGCAGCUCUUACGGCACCGUCGCGUCCAAUGCUUCUUACCGUCCCUUGGCAAACCGACACAAUCCGUAUACAACAUCCUUCUCAACCAACAAGUCCAUCGAUCUCGUCUUGCCAUACCAUACCACCAUCCCUCAUUCCUCGAGCCCGAACGAGCUGAUGAAGGACGCAAGCCACAAGAGCAGUGCCAGCACCCUCACCUCUUUCCGCGUCGCCGAAGCAGGAGACAUCUCAUACGAGAAGAAGAAAUCGCCCACCAGUCGACGAGGACCAGACCGGAAAGCGGAGAAAACAUUAAAACAUCUAUUCAAUAACCAAUCACCGACCUAG